AUGGCCUCCUGGUUCAACUGGAACGAGCCGGACUACCGGAGCCCCCGGCGGGACCCGGCCGAUGUGGUCACAGACACCCUGAUGCUGGAGUUCAGCUGGCAGCUGAAGGAGGCCGAGAGGCAGCAGAGAGAGAGGGAGAACGAGUACCGGCGCCUCAAGACCGGAGUGGACUACGGCUGGCUGGCCAACCCGCCGCGGUGCUCCUACAACAUCAGCACCGGGGAGCGGCUCGGCCUGGAGGACCUCUGCUGCAAGGUGCCAGCGCCGUGCUGCGGCCUGGUCAUACUCAAGUUCAGGGAGGUCCUGCAGGCCAAUGAGCCCGAGGUGCAGGAGGUGUCCGGCCUGUUUCGCUCCGUCCUCCUGGAGACUUUGGACAACCUGAAGGAGGAGCAGGAGGCGCAGCGGCUCUCCCACCAGUGGAACAACAAACGUGCCGUGAGCAUGUCCCUCAUGAACUUCAGGUCCCGGAUUAAGAUCAACCCGUUUGGAAGCACGGUUAACCUGACCUCCGCUGUGACUGAUGGGGCCAAGUUGAGUGACCUCAAGACCGUGUCGGAGGAUGUGGAGAAGGGGAUGGAGAGGUCACAGAGGGUGUGGAGCAUGCCCGACUUCAGAUACAAAGGAAGCAGCAGCAGUAAGGUAGUUUGA